AUGAGUUCUAUUGAGAAUUCUCCUAAUCCUUCUUCAUCAACAACAACAAAAAGUGGAGGUCAGACACUUGCUGAUAGGUAUAAAGUUACAAAAAAAGUUGGUGAUGGAACUUUUGGUGAAGUUAGUUUGGCAAAAAAAUUAGAUACCGGUGAUAUUGUUGCUAUUAAAAGAAUGAAAAAAAAAUUUUAUUCAUGGGAUGAGGCAAUGGCAUUGAGGGAGGUUAAAAGUUUAAAAAAAUUAAGUCAUCCAAAUAUAAUAAAAUUAAAAGAAGUUUUAAGAGAAAAUGAUACUUUAUAUUUUGUAUUUGAAUUUAUGCAAGAAAAUUUAUAUGAACUUAUGAAAGAUAGAGAUAGAUUUUUCCCAGAAAAUGUUAUUAGAAAUAUUAUUUAUCAAGUUCUACAGGGAUUAUCAUAUAUGCAUAAAAAUGGAUUUUUUCAUAGAGAUAUGAAACCAGAAAAUAUUAUGUGUAAUGGAACAGAAUUGGUAAAAAUUGCAGAUUUUGGUUUAGCAAGAGAAAUAAGAUCUCGACCUCCUUUUACAGAUUAUGUCUCUACCAGAUGGUAUAGAGCUCCAGAAAUUUUAUUACGAUCCACAAAUUAUAAUUCUCCUAUUGAUAUUUGGGCUGUUGGUUGUAUUAUGUGUGAAUUAUAUAUGUUAAGACCACUUUUUCCGGGUACCUCUGAAUUGGACCAAUUAUUUAAAAUUAUUAGUAUUAUGGGAACUCCAACAAAAGAUGAUUGGGUGGAGGGAUACCAAUUGGCUGCUAAUAUGAAUUUUAAAUUUCAACAAUGUAAUCCAACACCAUUAGAUUCUAUAGUAACAAAUAUUAGUCAAGAUGGUUUAAAAUUAAUGUCUGCCUCAUUAUUGUGGAAUCCUGAAAAACGUCCCAGUGCAGCAGCUUCAUUAAAAUAUAAAUAUUUUCAAGUUGCACAAAAGCUUGGAGCACCAGUCUUUAGUCAACCAAAUACGGGUAAUAGGAAAGCUUCAUCAUUUUCAUCACAAUCAGAUUCAAAAUUAAUUACAUCAAUUAAUAAAAAAAGUAGUGCUUUAGAUAAAAUAUUAGAUGAAGAUAGUGAUCAAAAAUUAAAGUAUAAAGAAGGAACAGAAAGAGAAUUUAAUCGAAAUUUACCAUUAAAUAAAACAUCAUUAUUUGAAGAAGAAACAGAAAAAGAAGAUAAAGAGGGAAAAAAAGUUAAAAAAAAUUCAGCAAUAAAUAAAAAAAUUCCAGCAAAAGAAUUAUAUAUGGCAAAAAGUCGUUAUGCUCCAGGGAUUAAUAAAAAUGAAAAUACAUUAUCAUUUAAUUCAACAUUAAGAAAUAAAUCAUUAUUAAAUGGAAAUUUAAAUAAUUCAUUAGGACAAAAAUCUUCUGUUCAGGCACGUUUUGAAUAUGCUUAUGGAUAUGUACCAAUGUUUGCAUGUAAAAAUAAAAAUGUUAAUAAUAAAAGUAAUACUGAAGUUAGUGGAACAGAAAGUAGUGAAUUUAAUGGUAGAGUUGAUUGGGCUGCUAAGUACGGAAGAAAUAUAUAA